AUGCCUCCCAAGAAGGCAGCCGCGCGGAAGGCAGCAGAGGCGUCAAACGCAACGGAAGCCUCAGCAGUACACAACUACAUCAGUCUCAAUGCAAGGAUCGAAGGACUAGAGCAGCGAAUGACUACACUGAAAGGCUCAGGUCCACCGCAGGCCCAGCCGAACAAUGGCACCGAUCGGCAGAAACGUACCACCUAUCGCACACCCUGGACCGUCAAUCACAACUACUUCGGCCCUGUUACAAGGAAUGGCUCGGAACAGCAUGAGGGACGGGACUCAUUGUACAAUGAUGACGAUGAGGGCACUUAUCUCAAAGGCCUCACGCGACAGCGCCCAGAGAACAAUCGACAGCCGGCCGAGCACCCAGCCGGCUCUCGUCAUGCUUCCAAUUCCAACCGACAUGAUUCCACGACUGCCAAUCCUGGUUCACAGGUCUCCCAGCAACACCACCCAGAGACCAACGGUGAGCAAACCAUUCUCUCGAUUGAGCCUCAGCACGCCUCCAGUGCCCGCGAAGAGGGCAUGAACCUCUUCGAUAACCUUCCGCAGGCUUCUGCAUCUGGUCACCAAGCUGUUCGGGGCUCGCGCCGCGCAGCCUCUCCAGUCAAGAAGCCGAGGAAGGGCAACAACGAAGGUACGACAGCCAAGGCAAUGCCAGCAGCAAGCGCUCCACCACUUGAGCCUACCCCAACGCCUUCUGCGGCUGAUCAGAACGGUAAGCAGCCAGGUACUAGAAAGCGGCAGCCGACUUAUCACUAUGAGGAACGCUCAGAGGUCCGCAACAAAUAUGAGGAGGCGGCUGACAAGGCCCGGAACAAUCCUUACGAAGAGCGUUUGUCGCGCAACAAGGCAAAAGAGCUCGAGACAGCUGCCAGUAGCAGCAGGCAGACCAGUGUCGCGGAGCCCAAAGGUCCGACAAAAGCGGCCGGGAAGCGCAAGGAGCAGAGCCCACCGCGCAAGAAGGCUGCACCGGCAAAAGAGAGGUCGGCGUCAGCUCCGGCCCUCAAUGUCCUGCCCAAAACACCAUAUCCUGCCGCACCACCUGCUCCUGAGUCCGUGGCCUCAAGCAAGAAGAGGAAAGAUCUCAGCGACAUGGGCCUUGGAGAGAAGACACUGGACUCCAACGUUGCAGGCGAGACGCCAGUUCCCGAGAACAAGAAGGCAAAGCUCGGCCACGGUGCUGCUGCUGGUAAGGUUGCUGCUGGUACCUCGCACUGGGAUGGCAUGACUAAUGCUCUUGCUCCGUCUGCAGCCAUCAAUAAGGGCAAGGGAAAGGGAAAGACAGCGACCAAGCUUCUCAAUGAGAGGUCUAAGGAGGAGGAGAUGGACAAGAAGAAGACUGACGAGAAGGUUGAGGAGGAGGAAGAUGUGGACAACGACGACAGCGGCGAUGAGGCUGACUCUGAUGAUGAGAAGAAUGAAAAGCAGAAGUGA